AUAAUUGAAUAGGCUUUAGACUCUCAAUAUUAACUUUAUAUUGUGAAUUGGUUUCCACCUAGACAAACACUCAGCUCUUUAUUUUCUCUCACAGCACCAAUCAACACAUAGAAGAUUAAUCCUGAACCUGAAUAAGAAGAAGAAGAAGAAGAAGUAGAAGCCCUCAAUGGCUCCUCAACUUUUAUCUUUCACCAACCCUACCAGAUACCCCUUCCCACCAUUAGCUGAAACUCUCUUGAUGACAAAAUCAUUCACCAGAAACAAAACCAAGAGCCACCACCCCUUGCACUGCAAACUCUUUUCCCCAAUAAACCCUAGAACACUCAUCAGAUGUUCUUCAGUCUCAAAUUUGAGAACUCCACAAGUAGAGAAACCAGUAGAAGAAGAAGAGAUAAACUUUGAAGAGGAAGAGGAAGAAAAGCCAUUAAACGAGAUGUGGAAAGAAAUCCAAGGGUCCAACAACUGGGAAGGACUUUUAGACCCCAUGAAUUCUCAUCUCCGCAGAGAAAUCAUUCGCUAUGGCGAAUUCUCUCAAGCCUGCUACGACUCUUUCGAUUUUGAUCCUCAUUCCAAGUACUGUGGCACAUGUAAAUACCAAGGCGCCCAUUUCUUCGAAAAGCUCGAUAUGGCGAAUCAUGGUUACCAAAUAAGCAGGUAUCUCUAUGCAACUUCUGACAUUAAUCUUCCGAAUUUCUUCCAGAAGUCUAAGCUCAGUAGCGUUUGGAGCACGCAUGCAAACUGGAUGGGCUAUAUAGCCGUCGCCAUCGACGAAGAAGAGAUCAAACGGCUGGGAAGAAGAGAUAUUGUCGUCGCAUGGAGAGGCACGGUUACUUAUCUUGAAUGGAUUUAUGAUCUCAAAGAUAUUCUCUGUUCCGCUAACUUCACUGACGACCCCUCCAUCAAAAUGGAGCUCGGAUUUUACGAUUUGUACACCAAGAAAGAAGACUCUUGUCAGUAUUGUUCAUUCUCCGCUCGCGAACAAGUCCUCGCUGAAAUCACACGACUUCUUGAAUACUACGACGGAGAAGAAAUCAGCAUCACUUUUACCGGCCACAGCCUCGGCGCUGCGUUGGCCAUAAUCAGCGCUUACGAUGUUGCGGAAUUAGGACUCAACGUCACGAAAGACGACGUCGCUUCAACUAGAAAUGACAUUCCGAUAACAGUUUACUCUUUCGCUGGUCCUCGGGCGGGCAAUCUCAAGUUCAAAGAGCGAAUUGAUGAACUGGGCGUUAAAGUGCUGAGAGUUGUUAAUGUUCAUGAUAAAGUCCCAACUGUGCCGGGGAUUUUGGCGAACGAGAAGCUUCAGUUUCAGAAGUAUUUAGAGGAAACAACGAAAUUUCCAUGGAGUUAUGCUCAUGUUGGAGUGGAGUUAGCGUUAGACCACAGGCAUAGUCCGUUUCUGAAGGACACCAAAGACUUCGCCUGCUCGCACAAUCUGGAGGCGCUGCUGCACUUGAUCGACGGCUACCAUGGCAAGGACAAGAGAUUUGUGCUAGCAACGAAGAGGGAUAUCGCUCUUGUGAACAAGUGUUGUGAUUUUUUGAAGAGUGAGUACGGUGUUCCUCCGCAUUGGCGACAGGACGAAAACAAAGGGAUGGUGAGGAACAGCGACGGCCGCUGGGUGUUGCCGGACCGGCCGAGAUUGGAGGCCCACCGGCCGGAAGAUACGGCCCACCACCUUAAAAAAAUACUCAAAAGCAUCAGUACCACCGAUGGUUCGCCACAAUUGGGAACAAUCUGAUAAUUUAGCAUCAAUGGUAACUUCCAAAUAAUUAGGCUUAAAGGGUUUGUAUGAUAUAUACAUAUUGCCAUGAAGAUCGUUGUGUGUUAUUUAUUAAUUAAUGGAGAAGCUUAAGACUUUUCUUUUAAUUAUUGUGAAUAAGAAACCCUUAAUCUUAUCUUUAAUAGAUCAAGUUGAGGUCUCAGAUUAAAUGUUUUAGAGAUAUAAAUAAAAUUAUAUUUUUCUUCUGUA